CCGGGACCGGGAUGGCGCUGGGGAGGGGACAACGGAGACCGGACUGGAUUGGGGACAACCGGGACCGGACCGGGCUGGGACUGGGUGGGGGCACAACGGGCACCGGGCGCGGUCGUGUCGCAGCAGAGGUCCCUGAUUGUCGCUUUCCCCGGCAGCGUUACCGGGGCUGUUUCCCGGUGCCGGUGCCCGCCCCAGCCGCGCUCUCCCGUCCCGCCGCCGCCGCCGCGAUGCUGCUGCUCCGGGCCAUGGCCGGCCGCAGGCUCCCGCCGCUGAUGCAGCUGCCCCGCCGCUGCUCCCGGUUGGCCGCCGGUAGCGGGGCCCCGGAGGGACACCGGGAACCGGCACCGGGGGGACACCGGGAAGCCAUACCGGGGGGACACCGGGGAGAGACCCCCGGGGGACACCGGGGAGAGACUCCCGGGGGACACCGGGGAGCGGCCCCGGUGCUGGCGGCGCUGCUCGGGCUCGGGGCCGUCCUGGCCUACGGAGAGCGGCAGCGGAGGACCGCGCAGGCCGCCCGCGCCGCCCCGCCCGCGCCGUUCCCCCGUUACACGCGGGCGGAGGUGGCGCGGCACCGCAGCCCGAAGGAGCGCGUGUGGGUCACCUACGGCACCGAGGUGUUCGACGUUACCGAUUUCGUGGAGCUGCACCCGGGGGGACCGGACAAGAUCCUGCUGGCGGCCGGGGGGGCCCUGGAGCCCUUCUGGGCUCUCUACGCCGUGCACGGCCAGCCGCACGUGCUCGAGCUGCUCCGCGACUACAAAGUGGGCGAGCUGAGCCCCGAGGACGCCGCGCCGCCACCGGGCGACACCGAGGACCCGUUCGCCGGGGACCCCCCGCGCCACCCGGCGCUGCGGGUGAACAGCUCGAAGCCUUUUAACGCCGAGCCGCCGCCGGAGCUGCUGACGCAGAGCUUCCUGACGCCCAACGAGCUUUUCUUCACCCGUAACCACCUCCCGGUGCCCGCCGUGGAGCCGGGCUCCUACCGGCUGCGCGUGGAGGCUCCCGGCGGCCGCGCCUUGUCGCUGUCGCUGGCGGAGCUGCGACAACGCUUCCCCAAACACGAGGUGACGGCCACGCUGCAGUGCGCCGGUAACCGGAGGUCCGAGAUGAGCCGCGUGCGGCCGGUCAAGGGGCUGGCGUGGGACAUCGGUGCCAUCAGCACGGCGCGCUGGGGCGGGGCGCGGCUCCGGGACGUGCUGCUGGCCGCCGGUGUCGGCGACAACACCGGAGACGGCGAGGAGUGGCACGUGUGCUUCGAAGGGCUGGACGCGGACGCUUCGGGGACGCCGUACGGGGCGUCCAUCCCGUUAAAACGGGCGCUGAGCGCCGAGGCCGAGGUGCUGCUGGCGUACGAGAUGAACGGGCGGGAGCUGCCGCGGGAUCACGGCUUCCCGGUGCGCGUGCUGGUGCCCGGUGUGGUCGGGGCGCGGAGCGUGAAGUGGCUGCGGAGCGUGGCGGUGUCGCCCGCCGAGAGCCCGAGCCACUGGCAGCAGAACGACUACAAGGGCUUCUGCCCGUCCGUGGACUGGGAUUCCGUGGAUUUCGGGGCCGCGCCCGCCAUCCAGGAGCUGCCGGUGCAGUCGGCCAUCACCGAGCCCCGCGCCGGCGCCGCCGUGCCCGCCGGGGAGCUGACGGUGAAGGGAUACGCGUGGAGCGGAGGAGGAAGGGAGGUGAUCAGGGUGGACGUGUCGCUGGACGGGGGCCGCACGUGGCGCGAGGCCGAGCUGGACCCGCGGCCGCGCCGG